AAUCAUGCAAUUUCUCAACAGAGAUUUUUUUUUUCAAAUGUCUGAAUCCUCACCAUAGUGUAUCUGUUCUAUAAAUUGCUCUAUAGCAGAAGCAGGGGAAAAUAGAAAAAUUAACUUUCCAAUGAUUCCAAAAGGAAAAGAAAUUUGUGAAUUUUGCUGUGCUCGCUGGAGCUUCAGUCUCUAGCUACAUAGUCAGUGGUCUGAUCUCACAUUUGAUCGGAGAUCGAGAUCAUCAUCAGAAACAAAAGGUGAUCGGAGAGAAAAUGGGAAGGGCUCCAUGUUGCUCCAAGGUAGGGUUGCAUAGAGGACCUUGGACUCCUAGAGAAGACACAUUGCUUACAAAGUAUAUUCAAGCUCGUGGAGAAGGCAACUGGAGGUCUUUGCCUAAAAAAGCUGGUCUCCUCAGAUGUGGAAAGAGCUGUAGGCUAAGAUGGAUGAAUUAUCUACGGCCAGAUAUUAAGAGAGGGAACAUCACUCCUGAUGAGGAUGAUCUUAUAAUCAGAAUGCAUUCCCUGCUUGGAAACCGAUGGUCUCUCAUCGCUGGAAGGCUUCCAGGUCGAACUGAUAAUGAGAUCAAGAAUUAUUGGAACACUCAUCUUAGUAAGAAACUUAGAAGCCAAGGAACUGAUCCUAAUACUCAUAAAAAAUUGGCAGAGCCAGUUCAACAGCAAGGAAAAAAGAGGAAAAAUAACAAGAGCAACUGCAACAACAAGAAACGCAAGAAAAAUAAAGCCAAAGUAGAACCAGAAAAGCCCAAGAUCCAUCUCCCCAAGCCUGUUAGGUUUUCUUCUUUAUUUUUGCCAAGAAAUGACAGUUUUGAGGGCAAUACUAGUCUGUCUUCAUGCCAAGGAGGAGAGGUUGGUUUAAGUGCAGAAGCUGUCGUAGACAAUCCUUGGUGUAAUUUGAAGGAUGAUGAUGAUGGGAUUAGCUUUCUUGUUGAUCAUGACAUUGUUAACAGCACAGAUCUUGAAUGCCAGACUCUUGUACCGACAGCAAACAACAACCUAGAGAAGCUUUAUGAAGAGUAUCUGCAGCUCCUGAAGACGGAUGAUGAACAAGGACAAUUAGACUACUCUUUUGCCGAAUCAUUGUAGCUAUGAGAGUGUCACGCAUGCCUAGCUAGUUCAUAAGACUUUGAAAGUGUCGGAUGUGCCUAGAGCUUUUCUUUCAUUUUUUUUUUCUCUGAUCUCUUGUAAAUAAGACUGCUUUCGCUGUUUAAAUUCCUCUCUUGCCGCUCUCA